AUGGACAGCUACAAUCUCACCACCAUGACUCACUUUAUCCCCACGGGUGAGCUCCCCAAGGUGCACUAUCCUAUCUUUGUAGUCUUUGCCAUCACAUACCAGAUCACCUUGGUGGGAAACGGGACCAUUCUCUUGGCCAUUGGGAUGAAGAAAACACUACACACACCAUUGUAUUACUUUCUGGCCAAUCUGUCCCUCUUAGACAUAUUCUUCCCAUCAGCUACUGUCCCCAAGAUGCUGGACAACCUCCUGACUGGGAAUUACAGCAUUUCCUUCCUGGGCUGUGCUUUGCAGCUUUAUUUCCUAGUGGCCCUGACGGGGACUGAGGUCUUCCUUCUUGUCAUGGCUUAUGAACGGUAUGUGGCCAUCUGUUUCCCCCUCCAUUACACCCUCAUCAUGACCAAGGCACGUUGUGCCCAGCUGACAUCUGGGACCUGGGCAGCAGGGUUUCUCCAUUUCCUCCUCCAUAUGGUGGCCACCUUCUGCCUGUCUUCCUGCAAAUCCAAUCGGGUUAACCAGUUCUACUGUGACAUCCCCCCAGUAGUGGCCCUCUCCUGCUCAUCCACCUACCUAGCAGAAAUGUUUGUUUCAGUGGUAGGAGAUGUCUUGGGAAUUGGUGCCUUCCUAACCACCUUCAUUUCUUAUGUAUGCAUCAUAUCCACCAUCCUAAAGAUCCAUUCAGUGGAAGGGAAGCAGAAAGCCUUCUCCACAUGUGCCUCCCACCUCCUGGUGGUCUGUUUGUUCUAUGGCACAGCCAUCUUCACCUACAUUCGGCCCUCUUCAAGUCACCACUCCCCAGACAAGGACAGACUCAUCGCCAUGCUCUACAGGGUUAUCACCCCAAUGCUAAACCCUGUGAUCUACAGCUUGAGGAGCACAGAGGUAGAAGGGGUACUUGGCAGGGUCUUAUGUCAUAGAACAUAUUUACAGUGA